CACGCGGUCAAAAAUAUGGCCCAUUCAGUCAGUAAAAUGUAAACACAUUACACAAUCUUUGACUUUGGUGGGUGUAGCUGUUCUUCAGAGUUUCUUAGGAAAACAAACUUCGAGUAAAUUGUUCCUAAUGUCAGAAAUAGUUUCAAGUGUUUAUGGUGAGGCAAUAGAAUCAGACUCCGAUGAAGAAGAAGGAAGUAUGGGUAUGAUUGGGGAGAGGUUGCCGUUGGGCGUACCGACAGCAGGGCCCGUCCCGCUGCGUACUCUAUCGGCCCAGCCUGGUGUGGUCGUACAGGGAGAAGCUUCAGAAACGGAUGAUAGUGAAGAUGAUGAGGAUGAUGAUGAAGCGAGGAUAAAAAACUCCUCAUCUGACCCUGCUGGGAUAAGACAUGCGGGUCUCCCUCCAUUGAAAGUUGAGCUUUCACCCAGAAACGAUGAUUCAAGAUCGCUAUCAACAGGAAGUACAACAUCACAAAAUGAGUCCCAACAUUCUGAGAAAAGCAUAUCCAAGUUUGAUACACUGCUCCAUCGUAAACUGCGAGAGAGAAAUGCAAGUCUUCAAUCCACAUUGCAUGACUGCGUAGCUGGAGCGUUCCUGUUAUCUGCCAAGGAGUUAGGGGAAGCUAAUCAAAUGCUGGCUAAGUCACAAUCUGUUAUCCAGGAUGUGAGCCAUAACUUGAGAGUUUUCACCACAGAUUUAAAAAAGAUUGAACAGAGACUGGAUAUGAUCAACUCUUGUGUCAACAUUCCAAAUAUCAGAAUUGAACUCAAACAAAGGGAACAUGUCAUGAAUUAAAUGACAGAAAUAUCACAUUGCUGGUCAGUGUUGGCUUCAAUGGACAGUCGUUGCUGAAGUUGAGAGGAAAUGAAUGCUUUUACUGAAGACAUUUUAACAGUCGAGCUUCAACAAGGAAUUGGGUAUGUUUGAUACCAGAUGAUAUUUAAGAUAGGAACCAUUUGAAAUCAGUCUUAGCUUCACAUUUGCUAGUUUUUGUAAUGUGAUUUGUAUGGAAUGCAUACAUGUGUGUUGUCUUUUGGGAUUUCUAUUUUAUGACUUUUUGUAACUUAUUUUUGUGUGAUUUUCUUUAUCGUUUUAUUCAACUCAAAGAAAGCGUCUUCUUAGGGGAAGGGUCAUUCUGCAGAUUAUUUAUUUUAAAAUUUGAAUCAUAGAUGUAUGAAUAUAACGAACAUUUAUCUCUUGGCAUUGGAAACAAUGUACCAACACAUUGGUUUAUUUCUAGAAAAGACAUGUUUCAUAAAUCAAUUAAUACUGGAGAAUUAUUGACUACUGUGUUCAUCAAUUAUUUUAAUAAGACCAGUCCUACAUCAUAAAGAAAUCUGUCCCCCAGAAAUCCUGUCCCCCAUCAUAAAAAAAGGGCAAUUAAAAUGGGCUGGAGGAGAGGGACUCACAAGAGGGCGCUAUAAGAAGAAGCUUGUGUGAGAGACAGGAUCUCCUGCCAGUCGGCCAAGCCUGUAAUGGAGGAAAGAACUCUUUAGACCAGGGCCCGAUUUCUGCUCAGCACAAAAAUUUAAUUAGCAUGAAAUGUCUGCCUCGAUAAAAACAGGACAA